ACGGCCGGCGGCGACCCGACGUCGACCGUGCGGAAGCGGAAGGGAGAGGCGUGGCGUGGGGCUUCCAUUGCAUUGUGUUGCUUCAUCAAUGUGCAGAUGCACGCACGCAUUUCGCAGUUGCUCCGAGCAUUCAUAGGUUAGGGUUUCAUUUGUACCUCCACACCCUGUAGAGUCUGAAGGUGAAUUACAUUAAAAGAGUACUGAAAAAUACCAGAAACAGCAACCACACACAAGUAUCCACCAUGGGUUCCUGUACUUCCAAGUCUGCCCUUGAGCAUAGGAGGCCAGCAAGGUAUUACACCAGAGGGCGAAGAGUCCGCAGCCGUCGGUCCAUCAUGCCAGAGGCACCCCAGUCACAACAGUUGAGCGAUCCCAGAGGACGCAUGACCGGCUUCUCCAUGAGCGAGAUUGUCCAUGUGGAGACGGCCAACAGAGGCAAGUCAGAGCAUUCCAAGACAUUCCACCUUACGCAGAUGGAGUGGCACCACAGCCAGAGGGACUCUAAAGGUUGCAGCAAUGAAGAUGCCUGGUUUGAUUCUGUCAGUAUCCUUGAAGAUGAUUCUGAUGAUGAAUUCAAGAGUGUCUAUGGAGAUAGUUCGGACGAAGAUGAGGAGCAGAAAAAGCAAUAUGAGAGCGCUUCCAGUUUUGCUGAUGCACUCUCUCGCAUUGGAGACAUGUGCCGUGGUGUGCCCAUGACAUUAUCUGUUGAACAGUACCUGAAAAAAGAUAAUGGUGAUGAUCCUGGACGUAGGAGCCAAAGCAUGACCGUGCGUACCAGCAAGUGUGUACCAUCCUCCUUUAGCCUCAAGGGCUUGAAGGAUAAAAAUGAUACAGAUGAUGAUAACAAGGAGAGCUCCACGCCAUCCCGCUUACGCCAGCUGCUGCACUCUAUCAGCUUCAAUGACAAGAUGCAGCAGUUGACAGGUGGCAGCCCUGCAAAAAGGAAAUCCACAGUCAUCCGGCUCUCAUACAAGACAACAUCAUGUGAUGACUAUGAAGACAGCGGUGAAUGCGGUAAAUCGAAGAAAUUUGUUGUCCGUCCAAAGGUAGGGCAAACAAUCCCAUAUGGAGGAGAGAAGCCAACAACAGGAUGUUGGUCACGGAUUGAUCCUUCCAUCUUCAAGUUGAGGAGUGAGACCUUCCUAAAAGAUAAGAAGAAAUGUGCAGCUCCAAAUUAUGCUGCUUAUUAUCCAAUAGGUGUUGACCUGUUUGCCUGCCCCAAGAAGGUCCAUCACAUUGCUCAGCACCUCGACCUUCCACAAAUCAAAACACACCCCAAGCUCCCAUCACUUUUGAUUGUGAACAUCCAGAUGCCUACCUAUCCUGCUGCUAUGUUCCUCGGUGACAGUGACGGAGAAGGCUUAAGCCUUGUCUUGUACUUUAGGGUAUCUGAAUACUAUGACAAAGAGGUUUCUGAACAUUUCAAGGAAUCCAUCAUGAGAUUUUUUGAGGAUGAAACUGAGAAGGUAAAGGGGUUUACGUCAGAAUCUACCAUCAGUUACAGAGAUCGACUGAAGAUCAUGGCUGGAUUGGUCAACCCAGAUGACCUCCAGUUGGGUUCUACAGAGAAGAAGCUUGUCCAAGCAUACAAUGAGAAGCCAGUCCUCUCACGGCCCCAACAUACUUUCUAUGAGGGAGAGAACUACUUUGAGGUAGACCUUGACAUACACCGGUUCAGCUACAUUGCUAGGAAGGGACUGGACUCAUUCAGGGAACGCCUAAAGAAUGGAAUCCUCGAUAUGGGGUUAACAAUUCAGGCCCAGAAGCAGUCGGAGCUCCCUGAGCAGGUCCUCUGCUGUGUUAGGCUGAACAAGAUUGAUUUCACUAACGAAGGAGUUCCAACAAUAGUCGCAGCUGAUGACAAGUGACACAUUUGAUCAUAGUCAUCACAUGUGCGAGCCAGUAAUUGGAAAGCUAGAUCCAUUGAGUUCAGAUAAAAGGAAGCGAGAAAAAACUGAUGGCUCCACAUCUUAGUUACUGCUUAAAAUGUUCGACGUUCUGCCUACUUUUAAGCGCGGAAAUUUUCUAACUGUAAUAAUGUAUAUAUACAAGCGGAUACAACCCUUCGGGUGUUGGUCAAGAUCCUAACCUUUUCCACUCCACUUGCUGGUUGCAACAUGCCUACUUCUAGAUGCAGAAAAACACUGAACCUGACAAGAUUCAAAUGUC